AUGGAAUCUGGAUCGCCCACCUCCAGAGCUGUCCGCCCUUAUGACGCGAAGAUCCUCGAAGAGCAAAUUCAAGUCUUUCUUAGGGAGGUCAAAUGCCCAGAGGACUUAGAUGAAGCAAAAAUAUUCCCAUAUCUGCGCAGCCUCUCGAGUUCGAAAAUAAUUGAGGCUCAAACAAGGAUGGCCCUUCCAACCAGUCAUCGACAGAGAUAUAAUUCCUCGCAAACCACUCGAAGCAUGGUAUUCUCAAUCAUGGAACAGAAUACCUAUAAUGACCGGAUUCAACACAAAUGA